GGUUAAACCUAUCUAGUCUGUCAUGAAGAAUACAAGCUAGUGCAUUUCUGAACGAUUGAUCGAAUAAAGUUGGAUUUAGCCUAUGAUCUGUCAAGAAAAUGCAACAGAAAAACCUUUAUUACAUUGUCUCAACAUUAUGAAAAAAGGCUUCGGUGUGCUGCUAUGAGUUCAGUGGCUACUUAAUUAACCAGUUUCAGCCAAGUUGCCUCCUUGGCGACUGCGCGCGCGUGUCUAUCAACAUCGUACAAGGACUGUUUGUUGUCCGGUGCCCGGCGACGUCACGGAAUUUGAGAGCGCGACAGUGCGCCCUAGGACUCAAAUACUGUGGCAAGUUUACCGACGUGAGUUUUCCUGAUCCGACUCUUGUUUGGAGCUCGUAUCUCUUGCAUUGGAAUAGUACAAGGGAUAAGGAAAAUAAUCAGAAUCUAUGAUCUCGGUCCCUUUGAUGAAAACAGUCCCAUUUUACCCUCUGACUUCAUGAUCCAAUUGGGUAUAGACAGUCUAUUCGCCAGAGAUGUCCACCGCUGCAACUCCAACCACCCCCUCCCAGUUAACAUCGGAUCAACUCACGGUCAUUGUGGCAGCAUUUUCAGGUCUGGUGUUCUUUGUGGUGAUCGUGGUGCUGCUGUCCAUAUACCGGAAAGAACCUCACUGCUGCAAGGACACCCAUGGAGACAUGGAUGCCCCUCCUCAGUACUACAGCAGCAGACAGACACUGGUGGGAAACCCCUGUCUGGAACAGACUCAUGACAUCAUACACGACAACACACACUCACAGUCAGGGCAGCUGUUCCUUAUCGGCCUGCCCUCCAGCUACCGCCUGCCCUCCCUGGAGGCGCCCCUCCCCAGGCUGCCCUCCUACGAGAGUGUCAGGAAGAAGGACCGCCAGAGACAGAUACACAUGAUGAUCGCUGACCGUUUCGGCCUCAACGGCGCCAUGCUGACUGAGCCGCCUCCAACGUAUGAGGAGAGCAUCCGCCACUCCAUUGAAGUGCCCUCUGACAUUCUGGGGUCUGUAAUAGACGCCCCUCAUCCCCAGAACAUUUACCCUCCGCACCCUGGCACAGACUUUACCACUCAGUCAGAGGUAACCACUCAGUGCCCAUCCACUCAGGAUGCCAACAGUGCCACCCUACCAGUCUGAAUCCUCAGACUCGCUACUGACACACGAUGACAAGGACAACUGGAGUAUUGAUGCUUUUUAUCCAUCUUGAUGUGCCAAACUGGUCAGAGGAUAACAGACAGGGGAAAUGCACACAUUCUCAAUAGGUUGAAUCAGACCCAGCAGCCAAUGGGUUGACUGUACUGUAGGAACAUCCUGCAGUGACAGUAUGCUGGAAGAUAGUGACCAAAGAUGGUGAAAUUCUACAUUGCGGGUUACUCCAUACUGACAAACUUGAAUGUUUAAAUGUUGACAAACUUGAAUGUUGUCAGUUGUGAUUUUAAACUGGAGCCUAAAUAAGAUUGAUGAACUGGGAAGACUUGGAUUGCCAUUCUUCAGUGAAAAGGGAAACCGUCCUGUAGAUGACCAAUACCAUGGCAAUAUGUGUCUGAGGUGGCAGGUUCUAAUGCCAAAGUUAACUGUAAGAGGAGACAGGCCAGGUAGAAAGACACUCCAUGACAAAUGUGCUGCUGAAAAACAAAGACUAUUUUGCUGUGAACAGAAAAAGCACCAAAAAGGGAAGAACGAUCUUUAGAUUUUUUUAAAAUGUUUCUCAUAUUUUCUACAUUUGAUCAUGGUAACCCCUUUUGAUCAUUUUAUGGAUUAAAGUAAUCUGGAUUAUUGUUUUUUGGGAAACUGUGUUGUAGCAAGUCCUUUUCUGAGUAAAAUCACUCUCCUCUUUUAGUGCAACGUACGAGCCAAAAACGUAUAAGCGUAAGAUGUAAAAUGCUCAUAUGUCCUACCCUGCUGAGCUUGGGUUGUACAGCUGAGCCAGCUACAACUUGUAAGUGAGUCAACAACACCAAACCUGUGUUGGCUCUGGUAACGGGUCUUAAAUGCCCAAUGCAGCCGUUUUUAUAUCAAAUAAUUUAUGGGUAACAAUAAUGUACCUUACUGUGAUGGUUUUCUAUUAAAAUUAUCAAAAUGGUUUUUUGUUGCUUUUAAGCUUUUUAAGCG